AUGUUCCCGACACGUGGUAUUCUCCUGCACGGCCCACCUGGUUGCGGAAAAACCAUGCUGGCGCAUGCAAUUGCUGGAGAGCUUCGCAUACCGCUCUUAAAAAUAUCUUCACCCGAAAUUGUUUCUGGCGUGUCCGGCGAGAGCGAAGCAAAAAUUCGUCAAUUUUUUAAAGAAGCGAAACGAUUGGCUCCUUGUUUAGUUUUUAUCGACGAAAUUGAUGCAAUUACACAAAAACGUGAGACAGCUCAGCGUGAAAUGGAACGGCGAAUCGUUGCUCAGUUUCUCACUUCCAUAGAUGAGCUCGCUCUUGAAAAUUCUUAUGAAAAACUUGUAUUAAUAAUAGGGGCUACCAAUAGACUCGAUUCUCUAGACUCUGCACUCCGCCGGGCCGGUCGCUUUGAUAGAGAGAUUUCUAUUGGCUUUCCUGAUGAAUCUUCAAGAGAAAAAAUUUUGCGAGUAAAAUGCAAUCGUUUACGAUUGGAUGCUACUGUUGACUUUCCACUACUCGCUAAGAAAACUUCAGGUUUUGUGGGGGCUGACUUGGAAGCGCUCACCAAGGAAGCUGGAAUAUUUGCUAUUAACCGCGAUAAUAGUUUUGGAGAAGAAAAAGAUAUUCUCUUCCAGGAAGCAAAAGAAAACAAAAAUAUUAAAGAUCGCUUAAAAGCCCGGGCAGUCCUUCAGUCGUUCGGCAGGCGGCCGCUCAAUGUGCGCGAACUUUCGCUUUUAUAUAUCAAUAUGGACGACUUUCUAUUGGCUCUUUCUAAAGUCCAGCCGUCCGCCAGAAGAGAAGGGUUUGCCACGAUUCCGGACGUCACGUGGGAUAACAUUGGAGCCCUCAAAGAUAUACGAGAAGAGCUAAAGAUGAACAUUCUUGAGCCCAUCCGCUUUCCUGAAAAGUUUAUAAAAAUUGGCAUAUCACAGCCGCUCGGUUGCCUUCUUUAUGGCCCUCCAGGCUGCGGAAAAACACUUUUAGCGAAAGCCAUUGCCAAUGAAAGUGGCGCCAGUUUUAUAUCUAUAAAAGGGCCAGAGUUACUAAAUAAAUAUGUAGGCGAGAGUGAGCGCUCGAUUCGGCUAGUCUUCGACCGCGCGCGCAUCUCCGCUCCGUGCAUUAUUUUUUUUGACGAAUUGGAUGCUCUGUGCCCCAAAAGAGGCUCCGAAAACGCUGCAAGUGUUCGCGUGGUAAAUCAGCUUCUUACAGAAAUGGACGGAUUGGAGCCUCGUAAGCAAGUGUUUGUGAUUGGCGCUACCAACCGGCCAGAUAUGAUCGACCCUGCAAUGCUGAGGCCCGGCCGCUUAGAUAAACUCCUCUUCGUCGAUUUGCCUUCUCCCGAAGACCGUAUUAGUAUUUUAACAACACUCACUAAAAAAGUGCCACUAGCCGAAACGGUCCAAAUAAGCUUUUUCGCUAAAGAUAACCGCUGCGAAGGUUUUAGCGGAGCUGAUUUGGCCGCCCUUGUUCGGGAAGCCUCAAUUACUGCGUUAAAGGAAAGCAUACAAAACAAUAGUGAAGUUUUAAUAACCAAUCAUCAUUUUGAAGUUGCCUUUCAGAAAGUUUUUCCUUCUGUAUCUGAAAAGGACCAGAAAAUAUACAAGACUCUAAAAAUGAAACUUUGUAACGCACGUGCUCAUUUACGAGACGAAGAUGAGCGUGCAAUGUCCCCUUCUAAAUAG